AUGGGAAAUGACAGUCAUAUAGAUUUCGAUACGUGUACUUUGCAUGGAGUUCUUAGACAAAUCAGAUACGUCAAACAAGACGUCGAAGAAGAAAACCCUCUUCUUUUGAAAUGCCAUGUGACAACUUUUCCAGCAAACCAAACCAAAAUGAUGGUCAAUUAUUUAAAGAGCUUCCCCCAUGAUAAGUUCCCCAGUAUAAAACGGUUCCAGAAACUCAGUUCAGAUCAUACUAAACUUAGAGCAGUUAUUUGUCCUACAGAUUACAAAUCCCAGGAGGACAUCAAUGCUGAUUUAACAGCUUUAUUUAAAUCAAGUGCAUUAUUCACCCUAGAAGAAUUAGAUAUCCCUUGUGCAUUGCCAAAAUCUAAGGAAAUGGCUAUCAAAUGGAGUGAUAAGUUCUGGCCAAUGGCAUGGAAGGGCAAUCCAAAUCAUCAAUUCCUCAAAUCAUUAAAUUUGGACCCCCAAAUGGAAAGGCAAAUGAUUACUCAAUUGCUUGAUUCCUACCGUUUAAUCAACAACAAAAGUCCCGCCAUAGUCAGAAGCGUCACAAUGAUAGCCCGAGAGACAAAGGAUGGAAUGAUGAAGAUGUUGCAUGUUGCAGAGGACAAUCGUCAAACUCAUCCUUUAAGCCAUUCCGUCAUGAAUGCAAUAAAAGCAAUCUGGAAAUGGAUCGGUGAUGAAUACAAUCACAUUGAUCCUAUUCUCGGAGUCAAUGUCUAG